UGUAGCGGUGGCGGUGGCCGUGGCCGGGACUGGGCUACUUAGAACGAGCGGCGGCGGCGGUACAGCUGCGGCAGCAGCAUGGCUUCGUCGCAGGGGAAGAACGAGCUGCUCUUCGCCGACUGGAUGGCAGCACUGCCGGGCAGCCUCCACAACACCCCGCUCACCAACCUGGCCAUCCCCGGGUCUCAUGACUCUUUUAGCUUCUACAUUGAUGAAGCCUCUCCCGUGGGGCCUGAACAGCCAGAGACGGUGCAGAAUUUUGUGUCAGUUUUUGGGACUGUGGCUAAAAAGCUGAUGAGGAAGUGGCUGGCUACACAGACCAUGAACUUCACCAGCCAGCUGGGGGCAGGUAUUCGGUACUUUGAUCUCAGAAUUUCCACCAAGCCCAGAGACCCAGACAAUGAACUCUACUUCGCUCAUGGUUUAUUCAGUGCCAAAGUCAAGGAAGGCCUGGAGGAGAUCAAUGCGUUUCUCUCUGAGCACCCAAAAGAAGUGGUCUUCUUGGACUUCAAUCAUUUCUACGGGAUGCAGAAAUGCCAUCACGAAAAGCUUGUCCAGAUGCUCAAAGACACGUACGGAAACAAAAUGUGUCCUGCUAUAUUUGCCCAUGAAGUCAGCCUCCAGUACCUGUGGGAAAAGGAGCACCAAGUGCUGGUGUUCUACCACAGUCCAGUGGCCGUCGAGGUAGCCUUCCUGUGGCCAGGCCAGAUGAUGCCAGCUCCCUGGGCAAACACAACGGAUACGGAAAAGUUGAUUCAGUUCCUGCAGGCAUCAAUCACUGAAAGGAGAAAGAAAGGCUCCUUUUUCAUAUCUCAAGUAGUGCUGACGCCAAAGGCUAGUACGGUGGUCAAAGGGGUUGCAAGUGGUCUCAGAGAAACGAUCACAGAAAGGGCUCUUCCUGCAAUGAUGGAGUGGGUCCGAACUCAGAAAGCAGGAGAGAGUGGUGUGAAUAUUAUCACUGCAGAUUUUGUAGAACUUGGUGACUUUAUCAGCACAGUCAUAAAGCUCAACUAUUCUCUGGAUGAAGAUGUUACCAAGGGUUGUCCGUAGAGCUGACUCCCUCACUUUCUGGCACGAAGGAGUUAAACUUGGAGCUCAUUUACAGAUUUAUAAAUGCAGAAUAGGAUGUUUGCCUGAUCAACUGCAUUGACUGCACAAGGUGGCACAGACAUGGUUUCCCGUGUGUUACAGAUCAAAUCACUUCUGCGCACACACAACCCCUGCUGAUGUCAGCAGGAAUUGUGAUCAUGUAAUUGAGUGGCCUCAAAUUCAUCUUCUGGAACAUAGUCACGAUAGGAGGAUGGGGAUAUCCUGGCUUUAAGGAAGUGCCUGGAUGCUACGCAAUACUGCUCAUGUCCUGUGUUGGAACAUAGCUUUAAAUUUGCAAGAAGAGCUGUGAACUUUGCUCUAGUGUAGGUUGGACAAAAAAAAAAAAAAAUCCUUAUGUAAAAAUUGUGAAUGCCAUAGGCUGAUCAGCAUGGCCUGUCCUGCCCAUGUACAGCAUUCUGCUUUCAGGAAUUGUGGCAGCUUUAAAUAAAAAAACUCUAAUAAUUCUCUGUCCCUGCCGGACCACCUUAGGAAUCUCUGCAUUGCCUACACUCCUGUACUGUUCCCACACCCGGGUCUAGCUCUCCCUUCCUGGUUUAUAUUAAAGAUGCCUGAUGCCGAGAGUAAUUAGGAUAGAGGUACUCACUAAACACAGGGAGUGUCCACCUUGUGCCUGGCUGGUUGGAGUAGGGUGCCUGCCCUCCAGCAGCACGUUUGGUAUGAGGUCAUCUUCAGUCAAAUCCACCCGAACAGUGACUGAGGGAAGGCACAAGUCUGAUUUCAGAGCCUCUUCAGUUGUUCAGUUAAAAUGCAGCAUCUUCCCCCUUCUCUCCUUUGCCUCUGCUCAGUGCUGCUUAUCUGGACUUGUGCAUACACAUCCCUUUACCUGCCAGCUGUGAAUAUUAGAUAUUUGUCAGCCUCAAUGCAUCAUAGCAGUCCACAUGGUCGUAAAAGAUGUUCAGUGUGUGGGGCUAAAAUCUGGAAGUGGGCCAUAUCUGAUGUCCCAGGACGGUUUAUGCACACACAUCCUCUUGAAGAGGUGUCACCUUGGCCAAUGAGUAUCCCCUCAGCAGGAGGUGCACUUAGGGGUUUUUGUUUCUGCAGUAAGAUUCUAUGUACUAUGUUCAGCCUUUGGUCCUACAAAGUUCAGUUUGAUUGGAAGAAAUUCCUGAAGUAGCUGCAGUUAGUUUUGCUGUGAAGCAGGGAUCCUUAAAGCAGAAUCCUGGAGUUAUUUGUAAUUACUAUUACUGAAAAUACAAAUACGUGGUUAAAAACAUAGUUUUAAAAAGCAAAAGGAAAAUUAUAUGGGCUUGCCAGGACAGCUAAGUUUUUGAAUGCCUCAGUCAUCAGUAGUUUAGUAUCAUCUAGGUGAUGAUUUUUAGCAUGUUAUUGCCACACUGCCUCCUGACACCUUUCAGGGUCUCUGUACAGAAGCCUUAUUAUUCCCAGUGAGCAUUUGAAUGACGUGUCUCCGUUUUGGUGGGAAGGAUGAUUGUGUAACACUGAGAACAUGGAGCUCCCUGUGUGUUGUGCCCACAAAGGUUCACAGAUCUGCACCUUCUCGUUUUAGGAUCUGUUUAAUGGUACUUUAAUAAAUGUUGUGUUAAAAAUGCCUACAGUUCUGUAUAG